AUGUCCCUGUACACCCCAAUUGACCUUCAGGCGGCUCUGGCCUCUCCGCCGCGCCCUCCAGGUGUAUGUACACUCCAGCUGCUGCAGCUGCGGCUGCGGCUGCAGUCGCUGCUGCAUUACUGGGGCUUUAUCAAGCCUGCUGCAGCAGCAGACCCGCAGCAGCAGCAGCAGCAGCAGCAGCGGAGGAAGCGGGUGGUGGUUUGCGGGGGAGGCUGGGCAGCAGCAAGUUUUAUUUCCAAGUUGGAUUAUUUUAAAUUUGAAGUUUUGCUGCUGUCUCCUUCGCCAGUGUUUUCCUUCACUCCUUUUCUUGCUGCUGCUGCUGCUGGCUCUCUUGCUGCUGCUGCUGCGCUGCCGCUGCGGCUGCUGCUGGCAGCAGCAGCAGACCCCACAGCUCGGGGGCUUUACAGGCAGGCCGUGCUGCUGUCAGUGGACCCCAGCCGCAAGAGAGUGAAGUGUGCUGCUGCUGCUCCUGCAGCAGCAGCAGCAGCAGCAGCAGCAGCAGCAGCAGCAGACACGUGGGAAGAGCCUUAUGACUACCUCGUUGUUGCUGUUGGCAGCAAAGAAAGAGACAACGGAGUCCCCGGAGUGCAGCAGCACGCGCUGCUGCUGCAGUCUGCUGCAGACGCGGCGCGGGUGCUUCAGCGGCUGCAGCAGCAGCUGGAAGCAGCAGCAGCAAACCCCACACUCACUGCAGCAGCAAAGCAGCAGCUGCUGCGCUUCGUUGUCGUGGGUGGCGGCCCCACAGGCGUCGAAGCAGCAGCAGAACUGCAGGACCGUUUGCUGCUGCUGGCUGCUGGGGUGUACAGACACCUCGCGGCCUUUGCUUCAGUCUUCCUCAUCAGCAGCAGCAGCAGCUUGCUGCCCCGCAGCAGCAGCAAAGUGCAGCAAGCAGCAGCAGCAACGCUUAGCAGCAACAACGUCCAUUUGCUGCUCAACUCCCACGUGCUCGCAGUGGAGCCCGGCGCCGUGCUGCUGCGCACUGCAGACCCUGCUGCUGCUGCUGCUGCUGCUGCCGCGGCAGCAGCAGCAGACACACCCAGCAGCAGCAGCAGCAGCAGCAGCAGCAGCAGCGGGGAGGUGUUUAGGAUUCCUUGUGGAAUGGUCCUUUGGGCGGGAGGGGUAGAGCCUGCUCCAGUGGCGACGGAAAUAGCAGCAGCGCUGCAGCAGAAGCAGCUGCUGCAGCAGCAGCAGCAGCAGCUGGAGCUGCUGCAGGAGCAGCUGCAGCGUGAAGAGCAGCUCUCCUCCUCGCCCGAGCAGGAGCAGGAGCAGCAGCAGCAACAGCAGCAGGACCAGCAGCAGCAGCAGCAGCAGGCGCACCUGCAGCAGCAGCAGCAGCAGCAGCAGCAGCAGCAGCAGGGACUGCUGGUGGACGGGUCCUUUAGGGUUUUGGGGGCCCGGGACAUUUUUGCUGUUGGGGAUUGCUGCAGUGUAUGUCCACCUCCGUUGGCAAUCCACCACAAACAAAUAAUGCUGCUGGCCACAAAAGAAAAGGAAAACAAACAACUCAUGGAGGUUAGUUGGCUGUACCGGCGGCGAGGGCUUUUAGGGUUUUUAUUUCCUCAAAUGCCAGAUGGAGAAAAAGAAUUAAAAAAAAAUAAAAACAAAAAACUCAACCAGCAGCAGCUGCUGCUGCUGCUGCAGAGCAUCGACCGCAGUUACAUUCCGCCUGUCCGUACAGCUCAAAACGCAAAAGCCGAAGCUGAUUUUCUCGCUAACAUUUUUAAUUUAUAUUUAUCAAAAGAAAAAGAAAACAUAACUGCAGCAGCAGCAGCAGCAGCAGGAGACCCAGCAGCAGCAGCAGGAGAUUCGGCGGCAGCAGCAGCAGCAGACCCCGCAGCAGCAGACGCAGCAGCAGCAGCAGCAGACCCCGCAGCAGCAGACGCAGCAGCAGCAGCAGCAGGGGACGCAGCAGCAGCAGCAGCAGCAGGAGCAGCGGCUGCAGCGCCCGUACGCGGAGCAGCAGCAGAAGCAGCAGCAGCAGCAGCAGCAGCAGCAGCAACGCCGCUGCCCGUAUACCGGGAGCUGCGGGGCAUAAGUCUUUGCUACUUGGGGGGAAAAGUAGCAGCACUAGAACUUCCUUUUGCUGCUUUUGCAAAUCACUUUUGCUGCUGCUGCAGAUUUUUUGUUUAUUUACUUUUGCUGCCAACAAAAAGGCAAAAGAUUCAAGCCCUCGCAGACUGGUUCGGCGCGGGCUUCCUGCUGCACUAG